CAGUACCACGAGUGGCCACCAUGACACCUUUGUCUUCACGGCAGAGGGGGCGGAGCUACGUUCAGUUCUUAUAAUACGUCCACGAGAGAGACUCACUCUCUGCCGCCAUGACUGACUUGUUUGACACAGCUGUGGAGGAGGUGAAAGUCCUGAAAAAGAGACCAGAAAAGUUUGAAAUGAUUGAACUCUACGGUUUAUACAAGCAGGCCACGGUGGGAGACGUCAACAUCGAAUGUCCGGGAAUGUUUGACUUUUUAGCAAAAGGAAAAUGGAACGCGUGGAAUGCAAAGAAAGGUGUCUCUAAAGAAGAAGCCAUGGACACGUACGUGAAGCUGGUGGACAAGCUCAAGGACAAAUAUGGAAUGUAGACAGUGGUUUUCCACGUGUUUGAGCUCAUUGGUUAAAUGAAAUACAUUCCCAUGUUAUUUUGUUUUUUUUAAUAAUAGAUGAACAUUACGGAAAAUAAACUUGACUUUUCAGAAAA